UAGCUUUGCUUCACAUGCUUUCCACUUUCUCAUACUAAACCAACAACUACAAGAAAAGAACAAAGUCCCCUUCUUUUAACUCCUAUUAAUUCCCAUCACUUCUUCCCUUUGCUACAUAACACACACAACCAAAAACAAAACUUGUUACACUAUCACCAAAUGAAAUCUAAGAACCUUUGAUCUUUUCUUCAAAUACCCUUACAGUUUUCUAGUUUUCUGUACCGUGAGGAUUCAUCAUAAAUCCACAAAAAUGAGGACGGGUGGUUAUACUUUCCAACAAUCAUUAACUUCUGAAUCUGCAAGCAUAGUGAAACAAGCUGUGAACUUAGCUAGAAGAAGAGGCCAUGCACAGGUUACUCCUCUUCAUGUAGCAAGUGCUAUGCUUUCUUCUUCCACUGGCCUUCUCAAAAGAGCUUGUCUUCAAUCCCAUUCACAUCCACUCCAAUGCAAAGCUCUUGAACUUUGCUUCAAUGUUGCACUCAAUAGACUUCCUACUUCUGUUUCAAGUCCCAUUUUAGGUCCUCAUUCUCAUGUCCCUUCACUUUCCAAUGCCUUAGUUGCUGCUUUCAAAAGGGCUCAAGCUCAUCAACGUCGCGGAUCGAUAGAGAAUCAGCAACAACCAAUCUUAGCCCUCAAAGUAGAGAUAGAACAGCUAGUGAUCUCAAUUCUUGAUGAUCCUAGUAUUAGUAGAGUCAUGAGGGAGGCUGGUUUUUCUAGUACACAAGUGAAAAACAAUGUAGAACAAGUUGUUUCUAAGUUGGAGAUUAGCACAAAGCCAAUAGUCAUAGGAAAUACCAACAUGUCACAACAAAUAACAUCAUCAGCUAGUCAUGUCCUAAAUUUGUCACUUAGUAAAACAGGACAUCAAGUUAUAAGGAAUGAUGAUGUGAUGAGUGUUGUGGAAAGUAUGAUGAAUUUCAGGAAAAGGAGAAACACAGUUAUCAUUGGAGAGUGUUUAGCCACAGCUGAAGGGGUUGUUAGAGGAGUUAUAGAUAAGUUUGAUAAAGGAGAAGUUCAAGGAGAAAUGAAACAUGUGCAGUUUAUAAGUGUCCCACUUUUCACACUAAGAAAUGUUUCAAGAGAAGAGUUUGAGAUCAAGCUUAGAGAGCUAAGGACUUUAGUAAAAAACUAUAUUAACAGAGGGGUUGUUUUGUAUUUAGGUGAUCUUAGGUGGGUAUCUGAGUUUUGGACAAAAUAUGGUGACCAACAAAGGAAUAUUAGUUGCUAUUCUCCUGUUGAACACAUGAUAAUGGAGCUUAGUAGACUGUUGAAUAGUGCAAUGGGAGAAAAUGGAAGGCUGUGGCUUAUUGGAAUUGCCAGUUUUCAAACUUACACAAAAUGUAAAACUGGACAUCCUUCUUUGCAGACCCUUUGGGAUCUUUAUCCUCUUACUAUUCCUGUUGGCAGUUUGGGUCUCAGUCUCAAUCUUGAAAGUGAUUUGCAUAGUCACUUUAGAAACAAGGCAGCAAUGGAUGGUUCAAGUUGGUCACUUGGUAGAGCUGGAGUUGAGAAGAAUCUAACUUGCUGUGCUGAUUGUGUAGAUAAUUUCUACAGAGAAGUUAAAACCAUGACAAGCAUACAAGUUAAAACUGAGUCAACAACCACUUACUCCAGCCCAGGUUUGCCUUUAUGGCUCCAAAAGUACAAGGAAGAGAACAGACAACAAAACAAUCAACAGGAAUCUGAGGUAAUGGUAGAUCUCUGCAAGAAGUGGAAUUCUAUUUGCACUUCUGUUCACAAACAACAACCUCAUUUUCUAGAAAAAGGCUUAAUUAGCCCUCUAUCUUCAUCACCAUCUCCUUGUUCCUCUAAUUCAAUAUCCUCUUCAAAUGACCACAUGAUGAAAAGCUCAAGCAAGUUGCAUAAAAGCCUUUUGAACUGGCCUGUCAUCUUUGAAUCAAAUCAAUCACCAAAAGAACACCAAUUCUUCAUAUUUGAUCAAAAUGAAAGUACAAAGCCAGAGCUUUUAUCCAAUCCUAAUUCAAGUCCUAAUUCUGCUUCCUCUAGUGAAGCAAGUGGAUACAUGGAGAACAUAGAUAGGUUCAAAGAGUUCAAUUCAGAUAACAUGAAGGUCCUUUGCAAGGCAUUGGAGAAAAAGGUCCCAUGGCAAAAAGACAUAAUUCCUGAGAUAGUUAGUACAAUUCUUGAAUGUAGGUCCAAAAAGAAAGAAUCUUGGUUGUUCUUUUUAGGUGCUGAUUCUGAAGGAAAAGAGAAAAUGUCAAGGGAAUUGGCGAAAAUUGCUUUUGGUUCAGAAGAUAGCUUUGUUUCCAUUGGACUCAGCAGCUUUUCAUCAUCAAGAGCUGAUUCAACUGAUCAUCAAGAAGUGAUUAGUAAUAAGAGAUCAAGAAAUGAACAUGGAAGGAGUUAUCUUGAGAGAUUUGCUGAUGCAGUUCAAGAAAAUCCAAGCAAAGUUUUCUUCAUGGAAGAUAUUGAUCAAGUUGGUUCCUUUUGCCAAAAGGGUAUCAAGAAAGCAAUAGAAACUGGAAGUUUGACACUUUCUGAUGGUGAUUUAGUGUCUUUUAAGGAUGCUAUAAUCAUUUUCAGCUCUGAGAGUUUCAGUUCAGUUUCUAGAGCCUGUUCUCCUCAUCAUGUUACAAAGAAAUGUGAUGAUCAAGAUUUUAAGGAGAAAAAUCAAGAAAAAAUUGGAGAUGAAAUUAGUGCUCCUUCUUCAAUAUUAGAUUUGAAUGUUGCCACUGAGGAAGCAAAUGGAGAUGAAAACUUAAUGGUGUCUCAGGAUAUUGGCAUUUGGGAAGCAGUGGACAAACAAGUUAUCUUCAAGAUUCAAGUCUUGUGAAGUUAGAAAAACUCAGUUGUCAUUACUUCUUUCUUUAAUUUUGUCUUCCUUUUUUUUUUUUUUGCUUACUAAGUUGUUAGCUUUUAGUGUAACUUCUAUUUCAGUUAUGAUCAAAUACGGGGAGGGUAAACUUUGAGAUUAACUCAUGAUGAAGAAAUAGGUCCCUUAGCUUAGAUUAGAUAUGGAGAGUUUGAUAAUGUAGGAUUUGAUGUACAUUACACCUCUUUGAUCUUUGUAAUACUACUACAUAUUAUUAUAUUAAUGCUGAACUUUAUCUUCCAUA